AAAAUUGCCAUCUGUAACACAAAGGAAUUUGUAUUAAAAUAAAAACGCAAGAUGUCGAAUAGUAAAUGUAUUAAACAAUUGCGUAAAAAUUAUGUGAAAGAGCAGCAAGAAAUGACUCAUUCAGAAAAGCUACGCUUAAUAGACGAUGAGUUAAAUGCAUUUUACAAAUAUUGCCAGCAGGCUGGUUUUACAGAAGAAGAAAUGGAUAUUAUUUGCCAGCCUUUAGUGGCUGCAAUGCGACGUUCUUGGCUACAACUUGUCUUCCGUGGAACACUUAUUUUAAUCGUACUUGGGACUUUGGCCUGUUUAGCAGCUCAACUUGAUUUUGUUGGGACACAUUUUACCGUUAUAAGUCGUCUCUUACUCAUUAAAGUUCUCCCAAUUUGGAAUUGGCAACCUUUAUAUUAUGAAAAUUGUAUGAUCAACAAUCCCUUUUACAGUGAUUAUAUGAUAACAGAAGAAGAUUGUGUGACUUGUGAAGCUUUAGAAACCAUUGAUCGCUUGUCAGAUGUAAGAUAUCUCAAUCUUGUUGAGAAUUAUCUCAGUAGGGAUGCACCUGCAAUUAUUACAGAUGCAAUGGAUUCUUGGGCAGUUAUGAACACAGACUAUUUCUGGUUUGAUAACAUCACUCAUCUUUAUUUAGAAGACGAACGUUUAAUGGAAACAGUACCUUGUGCUUUGAGUUCAAAUUUAAGAACUGGUUCGUCCGAUUUGGCAGCAUUUUUACGUCGAGUACAUUCGCCCGAAGUAGCUAAAUGGUUCGUCCAUUGGCAAAACUGUGAUAUGAACGCUGUGAAAGUCUUGAGAAAGUAUUAUCAGCGGCCGUACUUCCUUUCAAGUGCCGUCUCACCAGCACAUUUUAAUUGGGUCCUUAUGUCUUCGGAUUACAAUAGUCCGAGUUAUAAAAAGGUUGAAUUAGAUUCAGGUCUCAUUGCCCUGGCUCAAUUACGAGGUGCUACGCAACUUCGAUUGACUCCUAUAAAUCCUUGUAAUAGUUCUUGUCCCGAGUUAAUAGCAGACUUGCAUCAAGGUGAAAUGCUGGUUUUUACUAAUUUGAUGUGGACUUUGGAGUACGCGCCAAUGAGAGGAUUAGAUAAUAUCGCCAUUUUGACUGAAACCGUCUGGGAAGAGGAUACAUAA